AUGUCACCGAAGCCGCUCACCCCCAGCGGCAAAAGCUUCAUCCUUUCAUCCAGCGAAGAUGAAGAUCUUAAGGACGUCGGCGCAGACAAAACCAGAUCUUCCUCUUCUCGCACGCGUGUUUUCAACGCCAGAGCUGAAGAGCGAAAGGUUCCGGAAGGCAAAGAUAGCCCAGAGCGGAAGCCUUCGAAGGCCAAGGCUCUUGGGAAGAAGCCGUUUCAGAAGAAGCGGCCCAUUGAGUUUGAUGCAGACCGGGACGAGGCGUCUUUGUCCUCGGCUUCCGGCAGUACGGCUGACCGAUCUGUAGUCCAAGACAGUGCACCGAAGAGGCUCACCUUCAAGACAGCGGCUCAAGAUGUACUCAAAGCCAAUGCAGUUGCUGACAAGUUGGGGACAGACCAGAACACCCCAGCGACUGCCGACGUAUCGCCCGAUGCGGCCAGCCAAGAGAAGCUCUUGAAGGUUCAGGCUCAUGUUAUCAACGAGAUGUUUUCCACAGCAGUAGUCCGCGGAGUCGAGCGUAAUGUGCUCUUCUUGAGCAAUGCGCAGGCAGACGUGUGCACAGAGUCGCCCGAGCACAUGCAGAAGUUGUUGGAUCAGUUCCCUAUGCACCGCAAGCCCAAAAUGGUUAUAAACCUUUGCGUGUCCAAAGGCUUCUCAGAACAUGUGAAUUCCUGCGAGCAUUUCAUCCCGCAUCUUUUCCCAGGACUGGUUGCGAACAACCCACCGUUCACUGAGCAGGACAGUGAAUCCGUUGCUUUGGAGCGGCUCGAUCGCUUCAUGGCUGACAUCAUUCUGCCACUGGCAGUGGAGACCAAUGCACUAAUAUUCUGCUCGGGCAUAAGCAAGAUGUGCGCCUUGACCAGCUCCUUGACGCGUGUAGUUGCCGCGUGUGGACAGAGAUGGCUUGGCGAUCCGCCUUUCACCCUCAUUUUCACGACGCCUCAUCUCGUCCAUUUGUUUGCUUCAGAGGGCGAGGGGAAAACGCUGUUCUGGCGAGAGCUGGCCGAACGGUGCAAGCCCUGGAGGGAUCGAUUGGGCCAGUUUACAUCUGCAUUUAACCGGCGUCAACACUUGAAGCACAAGUUGCCGAAGAUGGAGUUCGAUCUAGAUGACCGUGCCGUGCACUUUCUUAUCGUUGAUUCGCUGGGUGCACGUAUCAACGAGUCUGACCCUUUUCUGGGUCAGUGCGGUCCCUACAAUCGUUUGAUGCAUCAUCUCGUCGGGCUCCUGUGGCGCUCCUUGCCGGUGUUGGCCAUCAAAACAGGUGGGGGGGACAGGAAUCCAGGUGGUGCUGGUAUUGGAGGAGCGAUGACAGAUCCAAGCACUUUGCAGGCUGCGUACAAUUUUGCAUCUGCUGGCAUGCCUGUCUUGUGGAUCGAUGUUAGGAAGCGGUACCUGGCGGAGGAUCUCAAGGCAGGCAGGAGUUGGACAUUCACGCGAACUUCAACCAAGUUGGAGCUUGAAAAGGCUACCCCAGCUCCAAACAAAGAUGCCAAGAAAGGCAAGGCGGCCGAAGAUCCUGUCAGAGACAAAGACACCAUCAAAAAGGCGAAAGAAGCUUUUACUGCCGGCUUGAGAGCCCUUGGAGGCGGAAAAGAAGACUGA